GCUAAAAAUGAAACUUCACAUUGUUAAAACAACUCUUGAGUCUGAGCUUUUUUUGUGUGUCAUCUUCUUGUCUCUUUAUUAACACUGUCUUGCUUUCUUGUUUGCUUUUGUUCCAGGGUGACCCUGAUGGUAUUUUACUUUUUACUCCAGUGACUCUCGUAGUGAUAGCUCGGUAGUUUUUGUCUUUACUGCUGGUCACUUCUUAUGAUUAUUUUGCUGCGUAAACGCUGCGCGUGACUCUUCCUAAAGCCUAAGUCACAACCGGACGUCUGAUUUUUUUUCGCUGUGCGAUUUCGGCGUUCCCCAAAUCACUAGUGGGGAAAGAUCUCGACACGCACGGAGGACGUACAAAGUGUCUGAAUGUAAGUUGGCCGCACGAAUUACGUAUGCGUGGUGCACAUGUGGCGCAGUAGGUGUACUAUAGGUGAAAUAAUUCUUAUUUCUACGCCACUGUUUGCUUGGGGAUCAAAUACUUAUUUAAAUCAAUAAAAUGAACUCAUAACUUUUACAUUCUGUCUGUCUGUUAAAAUAAAUAUAGCAGCGGCACAUGCUGAGGUUAAGAAAACACAUACUGUAUAGUCAACUAUCAGUAUUUUCCAGAGAGGGAGUCUCCGUGAUUGUUCUGCCUCAAGGUCUCUCUCUCGUGUGGCAUUUAAAUGGUAAUUACUAUGAUGUCAGAGUGCCCGUCCGCCCUAAUGACUUUCUUUUAAAAAGGAAAAAAAAGACAACUUGGUUCCAUUUCAUUUGCUUGUCGCAUGAGGCAGAGACGCACCAGCAGAAACAUUUAAACACAAAAAAGGUAAGAUGUUUUUCGUCCUCUUUUUUUUUUUUUAAUAGCAUCCUUAAUAAGCAUACGUUUAAUAAGUUUUCUUCCACUAUGCCUUUAUUAUUUUAUUUGGUAUCUGUUUCUUAAAACAACUCAAAUAUGUGUAUUUCUUUUGAAAUUGUUAAGUUAUUUAUUAAUUUAUCAAGCCUUGCAAUGAUAUUAUAUAUAUUGUUCUUUUUGCUGCAGUUAGCAACAGUGCAGUUUGACGCGGCAGUAGCUAGAUUGACCACCAGGGGGCAGUGUUUUGCCCUGCCAAAGGCUUUUCAGGCUACACCUUCAGGACAAUUAAAAUCGUCAUAAUUGUCUUGUGGGUUUUUUUUUUUUUUUUUUUUUUUUUUUUUACAUUUUAAUGACUGUCUAUUUAAUUUAUCUCCCAGCAUGCAUCUGACUCUCACCUCACUUGUCCUCCUGCUGCUCGGCCACCGCCUCGCCUGGUCGACCACGACAACCACCACAUCGUCAACCGCGGCACUUCACAGCUUCCGCGGCUGCGCGGUUCGCGAGUUCUCCUUUGUGGCCCAGAAACCCGGCUGCAGGGGGCUGCGCGUCACCACGGAGGCCUGCUGGGGUCGCUGUCACACCUGGGAGAGGCCAGUGCCGGAGCCUCCCUACAUCCACCGGCAACACAGAGUGUGCACUUACGCGCUGACACGCUACGUUACUGCACGGUUGCCGGGCUGCCAGCCCGGUGUCUCGCCUCUCUAUCACUACCCGGUGGCCAUGCACUGUCACUGCGCCACGUGCACCACCCUGGACACAGAGUGUGAGACCUUCUGAUGGACAUUACGUCCACAAUAACAAUACAUGUGUCAUUAAAGUUACGCAACAAAAACAUCUGUGUGUGUGUGUGUGUGUGUGUGUGUGUGACAGUGUGGUUCUAACGUCCAGUCAGGAAUGGAACAAAUAUUUCAUCAAAAGCUAUGUUGUGAUGGCGGCUGUAGUGGUGAAACCAUAUGAACAAAAAUGUAUGCAUGUGCUCUUUGUGUGUUUUAUUCCAAAUAAAGUCAUAUUUAUAUUGUAUUUACCUGAUAAUGCAACACAAAUGGUAGUUUUCUGUUUUGCAGGUCAUUGUUGUACUUCAAUGGGCAAAAAGUGAACAUAAAAGUCCCCCAUUUUAAAAGGAAAUUUAAUUUAAAAAAUAUUUAUUAAAAAUAUCAAAUCCACAGACAUUUCAAGCACUCUUUGGUUUUUCCAAUAUAUAUUCAUUACAAAACAAGACAAAUAUUUUUUUUUCCUCAUUUCUUUCUUAAGUCUAAUGUCCAGCCAAAAAUGUAAUCAAAUUACCGUUUAAACAACAAUGUGUGCACGAGGGGUUGCUUUAAUUCAAAACAAAAAAAAAUUCUAAAAAUUUAUAUGUAUAAGUAUAUGUAUAAUAAGUCCAUAAUUUUAGAGGAAAUUAAAUUAAAAAUAUUUAUUCCACAGACAUUUCAAUCACUCUUUGCUUCCACCAUUAGAUAUUAUGUACAAAACAAGUCAAAUACAGACAAAUAAAUAUAUUUCUUUACAUUCUUUAGUCUUCUGUUUGUGUUUUUUUGUAUUGUAUCACUGAUAAAUCAUUUUUUUUUUUGCAGAAUUGUUCCUAAAAGUGACUAUGACUCCUACAGUGUUUUUUUUAUUCCUCUUUUACAUGAGAAAUGUCUUCUUGGUCUGUUAAUUCAGUUAAAACACUGCUCCUGCAUGAACUAAACUGUCAUGUGAGUUCUCUCCUGCUCCUGAUGCUCAUCCAGGCCUUGGUUCUCGUCCGACUUGUGGUCUCUCACUAUCGCGACUUGCGGCACAUGUCGCAGCGACACGCCUUAGCCGUCAGGAUCUCCAGCUCAUCAUGGUGACGACCUCCCGGGCACUCCAAGCGGACUUUGACCUGCCGAUGCAGCCAGUGGUUGGUGAGAGGAGGACAUGGCCCCCCCGCCCCCGGAUGCCCCAACCCUUGCACCCACCCCACCCCUCACCUUGGCCUCCUUGCUGAUGGUGCAGCACCGUGACGUGGAUGUGACAUUGUGGGUGAAGUUGGAGGCCACCAGCACCGAGUACCUGGACGGGAAGGCGCUGGACUCGCAGUAACCCACGCAGGCGUACACCAGGUGGGUUCCCCUGCAGGUUCCUCGACGGUCACUGCGGAUGCUAAUGUUGAAAGCUGGUGGGGGGAAGUUGGGUGGAGACAGUGGAGAAAUAGUGGGCCAUGUCAGAAGAUUAAAAACACCGACUGGGCACUUCAUUAUGCACAGCAAUAUCCUCAAGCCCCAAAAUUGCCACAACUCACGAUAGAGGUGACACCCCGGGGCGAGCGUGAGGUCCUCGUAGCUCCGACCGGCAGGGGAGAAGAUCAGCAGAAGUGACAUCACUGGCAGCGCCAGCAGGCACAGCGACUGCCAC